AGAAAUGACAGAACGAUGAAAACGAGCAUGACAGAAGAAACGGUGGUCGUGAGGUCGUUGCAACUGCCUGAGGUCCGGAAAGCGUAUCUUGUAAAUGAUGAAGUGGUCGAAAGGAUCAGUUACAAGAGGGAGCGCGCGCCCCCGCCGCCGCCGCCGCGACGCGUCUCACUCCUAAAUUACGAGACUCGUCUCUACGACACGCCGCGCCCGACAGAAUACAAAACGGAGGAACAACGACAUUUCGAAUCUCAGUACUUCUCCAAAGACAGAUUCGGUUACGAAGCACCAAAAACACCUCUGAGUCCAAAAUUCAACGCACGCGAACUCAAAUUCGACGACAAACCCGAACCGGUCUACUCCACCCUCAAGAAACCUUCAGACGGUGUCGGCCAAACCUUCACUGAACACCAGAAAUCCUCCGAAGCGAUCCCUGGAGGCAUCAAGCAGUCAGAGUACACGAUCAAAAGCGAAUCCUACUCCAGCUAUCCUAAGGUCGACGUCAUGAAAACCGUAACUAGGGAAGACGUGAAAGCCCCGUUCACUUCGACGCCAUUCAAAUCGGAACAGUCGCACUUCAACCAGUACUCCCAACAAUCCGAAUUCAAAAACACAUCAACGGACCUUGUGAAAGUCCCAACUCCAGAAUUCGACCGAAUCUCUUCACCGUACGGCAAAGACGUGCAAAGCUACGGGGGUCCCAACUAUACAGAAGAAACUACCACUGAAGUGAAGGAGAUCCCAAACGGGACACAAAAAAUUACCACAACUAAAAUCUACAGUUCUUCCCCCGUCAACAUUACGACGACCAACACCAAAUACGAGCCGAUAAAACUCGAAGGCAUCGACGAAUUGUCAAAAUCAUUCGACAAUGAUUCCAGAUACAGCACAUUGGAUUCGCGUUUCAACACUCUAGACUCCAAAAUGUCAUCUGACACGAGCCGUUCGUUCAUGAGGCCCUCAGAGUUCCAAUCUCAGGAUUAUCAGACGUCGACCAGUGUGACGAAGGUGAAGAAACCAUCGGAGCUGGUGAAGGAAAUCGAUAGUAUGGAUAAGAAGUUCUCUAAGCAAACGAUUACUUCGGAAAGGAUCGAGAAGAAGUCAGUAAUGACAAGUUCGCACAAGUCCGAAACGAGUUCGACAGUCACGAAGAAGUUUGGAAACUUCUAAGCAAAGUUGUUACGGUGUCGUCGACAGAAGUAGCGUGAUCUGCGCACGUUAUUAUAUUUUUAUUUUAUAAAAAUAUAUAUUUUAUAUAUUCAUACAUUGUAAAUUCUUUAAAUAUUUUUUAUAUACAUUUCUUUUAUCGUAAUACGAUAAUUUUUUGCUGUCGUAGAAUAUAAAAAUGGAAGAAAGAAAACAUUUCUGUGCCUUAUUGAUUUGCAGCUUAGAAGUGUAUAUUUAUUUAUUUAUAUACACGAUAUAUAUUUUCUAGUGUAGAUAUGCCCACGAUAGGUAAUCGUCCACUGAAGGUAAAAAACACCAAUUCUGAUAGAUUUAGAAUUAUAUACAACUUAAAAGUAUAGUUAUUAUUACACGUAGAUUUAACUUUACGCCUGUAUAUAUAUGAAUUUUGAAAAAAUAACCGUUUGGUAUUUAAAAAAUUACAUGUUAGCAGCUAUAUGUCAAACCUAUGAUAAUUGUCCUGUUUAUUGUGAUAUACAAUAUAAUAUGGACAAUUACAUACAAAAAAUAAACUUGCAAAAUGAUGCAUAACAUAAACAGCCUAUAUACGUCCCACUGCUGGGCACAGGCCUCCCCCUCAUCAACGAGAGAGGUAUGGAGCACACUCCACCACGCUUCUCCACUGCGAUUUGGCGGAGGUGUUAUACGGCAAAAUUAUGGUGAAAUAUUAUACACGUUUAAAUUCAUAUAUGUAAAGGCGUUAAAACGAAACGAAUGAAAACUUCGUUGUUCAGGCUAAAAUAAGUGUCUUAUUACAUAAUAAUAUUUCAAUCGUGCGAAUUGAAUAUGUAAUCUUUUAAUAUUAUAUAUUAAAAAAUAUAUAACACUUAUUCUCCGUAGAACUAAUUCAGUGUAUUUGAUAUUUACCGUGUAAUUACCAUAUUUAAUGAAUAUAUAAUUAUAAAUGUAAUUUUUGAUACUGUACACUAAAGGUAGGUUGGAAAGAUGGCAUUAUGGUAGCUGUAGGUUUUACACGCUGAAGAAAAUAACAAUGCAACUAAGUAAGUAAAUAUUUUUACUAAUGACUUGUUUAACGCGGAUACAAUAUUUAGCGUUCGUGCGGUAAACAGUGCCGCUCAUAAAAAAUCGAUGACAUUAUCAGUCUUAUUAGGUACAAAACGGAGACUAAGACUCUAGACAGACGGACCGCAUUUCAACUGCAAUAGACCUGCAAACCAACUGCGCAGCACGACUGCACGCCGACUACAAUUGAACUGCAAUCGGACUGCCCGUUUGGUUUGCAGUUCUAUUGCAGUCGUGUCAACUGCAUUCAAACUGCAUCGGAACUGCAAUUUGGCAGUCGGAUUGCAGUUGAAAUGCGGUCCGUCUGUCAAGAGCCUAAAAGAUAAAAUAGGUUUAAAAUAUAGUCCGUGUCAGGAAAAUAGUCACGCGGCCGCAGCGCCACUGUCGCAGAUUCUGCAUAGAAUUAUUAUUUUUGUCUAUUAGUUAAAAUCCGUCGACUUCUUUCGCAGCGUGGAUUCUUAUUUUAAACCUAAUCUUAGUUUCGUAAAAAGGCGGUUAAUCACAGUUUCGAACCGCGCGCCCGCGUCGGUCAACAGCCUUACAAGUUCUCAUAAGUAACUUUAACUUUAUCGACAGCAGCUUCCAAACAUUGCUAUUUUUCACAUUUACUGUGUAAAUUAUAAUUAAUACUUAGAUAUAAGCAAUCUUGUAGAACUUUUAAUCUCAGUCUGAAACCAAAUAAAAUCACUUUUCUAUGUUAAACUAAUUUUUGUUUAAUAUAAUUAUAAAAUCGGUUUGAUUUUUGGAUUUUUUAAUUAUUGAUUUGUUAAUUAUGUUUUGAGAUUUUAUUCUAACAUCGUUGUGGGGACAUCGUUUAGUGUCUGAAAGAAUUAAAAUAAAUGUCGAAUUCGAAGAUAAAAAUGUACGAAAUCGAAUUUUAGCUCCUUUUCUUAAAUACAUGUGGAUAUACGACGAAACACGUCUAGAUAAUUUAUAGAGCGCAAACUAUUACUCCAAACGUUUAAAAUGUCUUAUAAACGGUGUCAUUUAAUUAUUGAAUCAAUUGGUACUUAAUGGAGUUAUUAAAACAGCUAUGAAAAGUAUAAGGAAUGACGAUUUAUAUGAUGGAUGUCCCAACGCUGCGACUUGCGUCUUAUAGGCGGGCAUUGUAUGAAAUGUAUGUCUACAUGAUAUAAUAAACUUUUAACUUAUA